UUAUUUUUUGCCUUUUAAGGCACGAAAACUGCUCUUGUAAAAAACGCUAAAGGCUUACGUCGGGUAUUAGGUAGACCUGUAUUGCCUAUUUUGUGUUUACCCGACAAGGUAUCUAUGGCGACGGUUUUUUCGUUGAGGAUAAAAUUAAAGAAUCAUUUUCUAGUGGAAGUUUUUGGAAUAUAGUUUGUUUUCAUUCAGAUUCAGGAAAAUGAACACUAUACUUACGGGUCGUAUUUUGAGAAAAAGUAACAAUUGGAUAAGGUGUUUUCGAUUAUCAUGGACUACUGCGAACGGUGGAAGUUUACCACAUAAAAUUUGCCAAAGACAACAACCUGGAUUUCCUCAAGCAGCAUUUUUGUCCAAACCCAACACUUGUUUAAACAUGUCCCAUCUAAAUUUUAGUACUACAGGCUACCAACAAAACGUACAACAUGACCGGGAAAAUAAACGCUUCUUCAUUGAAAUUCAGAAUGUAGGCACUGCUUAUCUUGAGUAUGAUCUGGAUGACAAAUUAAUCAAGUUAAUGCAUACAACAGUGCCUACUGCACUUGGAGGAAGAGGACUUGGAAAAAUUUUAGCAAAGGUUAGAACAUCUAUACAUUCAAGUUACAUUCGCAUGGAUGUUUGCGAUGUAAGGAAGCUUUGGAUUUUGUUUCCCAAAAUGACUUGCAACUAGAAAUACAUUGCGAAUUCGUUCAAUCCUACGUAUCCAAAUAUGCUCAACAAUAUCUAAAGGACAUUAAAGAAUAAACGUUAUAUGCUUCAUUCAUUACAAAGUCUAUUUUUUAAACAUAUGGGGUUUGUGUGCUUGUAAGUAUAAUGGAUAUUCAAGAUUUCGAGAGCCUCUUGUUAUACUAUGGCCGUUCGGGACUUUUCCAUACCAUGCAGAAAACGGCUUUAGAUGGAUUAUCAAAAUAUCCGAAUCAUUUCACUUUUCGACUGUACAAUGGUAUGGCAUUGGUGUUAGGCAACAGGAUUCAAGAAGGUAUACGAGAAUUAAAUCCACUUAAGAGCGAUGAUGAACUUGGAAUUGCAGCUAUUAUGGCUUUACUGUAUGCACAUAAGCGUUGCAGUGCAGUUGACAACGAAGCCAUUCAAAACUUACAACAGCGAUUAGAUGAAUCCUACAACAAAGCCGGUACUAACGCUUUUUACAAUGCCAGUUUAUUCCUCUUUUUGGCUAAAAAUUUUCGUGAUGCCGAUAUUUACGUUAACAAAGGUUUACAAAUUGAUAAUGAUCACGAAUAUUCAAUAAUAUUGCAAACAUGGAUUAAUACAUAUUUGACAAAAAAUGAGAUAAAUGGAAAUAUUAUACGUAAAUUAGAAAAUAUUCUUACACAUGGGAAAAAUAUUGACGCCACUCUGGCAUUGGUUCGUUGUUUUCAAUUGCGCGGUCUAUUUGAAAAUGCCAUAAAUUUUCUCAUAAAGCUUUCAAUUAGAUAUCCCCAGCUAAAUAUACCAUUAAUAGUAAAAAUGGAAACUCAACUUGCUGCACUCAACUGGGAUCAAUCCUACGAAACGGCUCUGCGUGUAAUUAAUUUGGAGCCAACCAACGUAGCUGCACUCCGAAUAAAGGCUUGCACUCUCAUAACACGAGAUGGCAAUUUAAAAGGAGGUAUUUCUACGGUUCAACAACUUUUGGUGGCUACAGAAAGAGUAGAAGUGGGAAAUGUUAAACUCUUAUUAGAAAACUGUAAACUAGUUGCUCGUAUAUGCUCUCGAAAUGCAGAUAUUCUAACCCUUACUCUUCGUUUUAUUGACAAAAUAAUUCAAGCGAACCCAACUUUCGCGGACUGCAUCGUGGAAUUGGGCUAUCAAAGGAUUUUACUUGGCAACAUAAAUGAAGCUGGAAUUUGCUAUCGAUCUGCCACUAAAGCGGAUAGCAACAAUUUUUACGCUUUGUGUGGUUUAACUCUUUGUCAGAUGUUUGAAAAUGGACGUUCGGAGCAAAUUCUCCAACAGAUUGACUAUUUGUGUGACAAGUUUGCUGGUGAAGAACAUCCAUUCUUGUUGUUUCUAAAAGCAAAAUAUUCUAAUCAAACUGACCAUUCUAUUCAAUAUUUAACGAAAGCUAUGGAGAAGCAUUUACGGGAUUUGGAAGGUGAAUUGUUUGGACCGGAAUAUCUUUUGAAAUUAGAUCCGGAGUUUCUACUUCAAAUAACAGCAGAAUUUUUAAGACACUCGCCGCUACAAAUGAAUAUUAAACCAUCCUUACACCUAAUACAAGACACAGUGCAUAUAACGUUAAAACAUUGCAUUUUAAUAUUGGACCUCCUUCUUAAAUAUUGCCCGGCGCAUAUUAAUGCAAAUUUUGCACGUGCAAAGGUACAUCUCUUGUGCAGUGAAAUCAAUUCGGCAAGUUCCUUAUUGCAAAGAAUUGUCAAUGAAAUUGACUCCACUUUUACGGAUGCGUACUUGCUUUUAGCGCAAGUUCAAAUAUACAACCAUCAGUAUGUUAAAGCAUUACAGUAUCUGGAAAUGGCUUUGUCAUAUGAUUUUGCUGUGCGUGAGGAUCCGAAAUAUUAUCUAUUAAUGGGUAUUGCACAGAGACAACAACAACAAUACUCUGAAGCUCAAAAAAGCUUUAUGUCUGCAAUACAUAUCUUGGGUAACGAAUCAACUUCGCUUGGGAGCAAGAUCCACCAAAGAGGACCGGAAAAAAACUUUACUGUUGCAGAUAGAGUCACACUGUAUUUGGAACUUAUUGGAACAUAUAAGGAUAUAGGUGAUACGCAGGGUGUGUAUGAGAGUGAGCGGUUAUUACAAUUUGCUAUGGAGGAAUUCAACAAUACUACAGAGGAGGGCCGUUUAGUAAUUGCACAUGCUGAAUUUAUGUUACAAAACGACAACGUCAACAAAGCUAUUGAGUUGUUGUCAGCGAUACAGCCUGGACAAUCUUAUUUUAUACAGGCCAAAACUAACUUGGCAAAUAUUCAUCUUCACAACCGGAAGGAUCGCGUAGCCUUUGCAAAAUGUUUUAACCAACUAGUUGAGUCAUGUCCAGAGCCUCAGAGCUAUUUGAUAUUGGGAAAAGCAUAUAUGUCAAUACAAGAACCGGUUUUGGCUGUCAACGCCUACCAGAAGGCAUACGAGAUGAACCCACAGGAUUCGAAUUUAGCUAAUAAAUUGGGACGUGUUUAUAUAAAAUCUCAUCAAUAUACAAAGGCUAUAGCAUUUUACCAGCAUGCCAUUCAAAUACACCCUAAUAUGAGUUUGGACUUAGCAGAACUUUUUCUAAAAUUAAAACAAUAUAAGGAUGCCUGCGACAUAUUAGAAGAACCGGAAAAUUCAAUUAAAAUGGACUCCUUGGAUGCAGAAGAGAUCCAGCUCAGAACAAAAAAACUUUUGCUAUUGGCACGUGUCCAUGAAAAGGCCGGCCAUGAUGACCUUGCAUUUGAGACGUUAUCAAAAGCAAAAGAAAAUCAAUACAUACUUCAAAAGCGAAAUUCCGUUCACCAAGCUGGAAGAGGAAAUGACAGAGAUAAAAUGAUGUCAAAGAUUUGUUUGCUGAUGGCACAGCAUUGCACCAAGAUUAGCAAUAUAGAGCAAGCUCUGAUCCACCUAAAGGAAUGUUUGAAGUACGAUCCCAAUGAUAUUAAUGUAUUGAUAUCGCUCAGUCGGAUCUACAUGCAAAUGAAUUCCACAGAUUUAUGUCGCGACAUUUGCUUAAAAAUUUUACAAAUCGAUUGUAACAAUGAGGCUGCGUCCGUAUUAAUGGCUGAUCUAUCAUUUCGCAAGAUGGACUUCGAAAAUGCUGCAUACCACUUCUCACAGCUAUUGCUCUCACAGCCUUGCUACUGGACAGCCUUAGCAAGAUUGAUUGAAGUAAUGAGACGGUCUGGAUCUUUAAAUCACGCUAUUUUAUUUCUGCAAAAAGCCGAACAAGCAACAGCAUUUCCCGGGACAUGUCCCGGAUUAAACUAUUGCCGUGGACUUUACGAAUGGUAUAAUGGGAAUCCAAAUGGGGCAUUACGAAGUUUUAACGUUUCUAGAAGAGAUAAUGAAUGGGGUCCGCAAGCUAUAUAUAAUAUGAUUGAAAUAUGUAUUAAUCCUGAUGGCGACAUACCUAAUGGAAAUGAUUGCUUGGAAUCUGAAGAAAAUGGAGAAAUGAGUGAUGCGCGGGCCAUUGCAUUAAAAACAGCAGAACGUUUAUUAAAAGAGCUGAGACCCCGCCCGACUGUUAUGAACAACGAAGCAAUUAAUCAUCGAUUACUAAAAAAUUUUCUAAAACUGGCUUCUAAACAAAAGUUUCAAAUUGAAUCUGCACUACAAGACUUUCUUGAAUUGUCUAAUAGAGAAGAUCUUCAAGGAAGCGUUGGCCCUAUUCUUGGUGCAGCUACGGCUUUGGUUCAAUUAAAACAGACUCAACGUGCGAAAAACCAUCUAAAACGGGUAGUCCGAGUUGCAUGGAAUUUUGAAGAAGCCGAGUAUUUAGAGCGCAGUUGGUUGUUAUUGGCAGACAUUUAUAUUAAUUCCAACAAAUUGGAUGUGGCAGAAUCCUUAGUUUUAAAAGUCCUGCAGCAUAAUAAGUCCUCUUCUAAAGCUUAUGAAUUAGCAGGAUAUAUAUCGGAAAAGUCGCAGCUUUACCGAGACGCUGCUAAAAAUUAUUGCAGUGCAUGGAAUUGCAACGGCAGCUCGAAACCACAUAUCGGCUAUAAAUUGGCUUACAACUACAUGAAAACUAAACAGUUUGUUGAAGCUAUAGUAAUAUGCCAGCAGGUCUUAAAAUUACAUCCAGAUUAUGUCAUAAUUCAAAAAGAUAUACUAGAAAAAUGUAUGAAUAAUUUAAGGAUUUGUUUGCUGAUGGCACAGCAUUGCACCAAGAUUAGCAAUAUAGAGCAAGCUCUGAUCCACCUAAAGGAAUGUUUGAAGUACGAUCCCAAUGAUAUUAAUGUAUUGAUAUCGCUCAGUCGGAUCUAUAUGCAAAUGAAUUCCACAGAUUUAUGUCGCGACAUUUGCUUAAAAAUUUUACAAAUCGAUUGUAACAAUGAGGCUGCGUCCGUAUUAAUGGCUGAUCUAUCAUUUCGCAAGAUGGACUUCGAAAAUGCUGCAUACCACUUCUCACAGCUAUUGCUCUCACAGCCUUGCUACUGGACAGCCUUAGCAAGAUUGAUUGAAGUAAUGAGACGGUCUGGAUCUUUAAAUCACGCUAUUUUAUUUCUGCAAAAAGCCGAACAAGCAACAGCAUUUCCCGGGACAUGUCCCGGAUUAAACUAUUGCCGUGGACUUUACGAAUGGUAUAAUGGAAAUCCAAAUGGGGCAUUACGAAGUUUUAACGUUUCUAGAAGAGAUAAUGAAUGGGGUCCGCAAGCUAUAUAUAAUAUGAUUGAAAUAUGUAUUAAUCCUGAUGGCGACAUACCUAAUGGAAAUGAUUGCUUGGAAUCUGAAGAAAAUGGAGAAAUGAGUGAUGCGCGGGCCAUUGCAUUAAAAACAGCAGAACGUUUAUUAAAAGAGCUGAGACCCCGCCCGACUGUUAUGAACAACGAAGCAAUUAAUCAUCGAUUACUAAAAAAUUUUCUAAAACUGGCUUCUAAACAAAAGUUUCAAAUUGAAUCUGCACUACGAGACUUUCUUGAAUUGUCUAAUAGAGAAGAUCUUCAAGGAAGCGUUGGCCCUAUUCUUGGUGCAGCUACGGCUUUGGUUCAAUUAAAACAGACUCAACGUGCGAAAAACCAUCUAAAACGGGUAGUCCGAGUUGCAUGGAAUUUUGAAGAAGCCGAGUAUUUAGAGCGCAGUUGGUUGUUAUUGGCAGACAUUUAUAUUAAUUCCAACAAAUUGGAUGUGGCAGAAUCCUUAGUUUUAAAAGUCCUGCAGCAUAAUAAGUCCUCUUCUAAAGCUUAUGAAUUAGCAGGAUAUAUAUCGGAAAAGUCGCAGCUUUACCGAGACGCUGCUAAAAAUUAUUGCAGUGCAUGGAAUUGCAACGGCAGCUCGAAACCACAUAUCGGCUAUAAAUUGGCUUACAACUACAUGAAAACUAAACAGUUUGUUGAAGCUAUAGUAAUAUGCCAGCAGGUCUUAAAAUUACAUCCAGAUUAUGUCAUAAUUCAAAAAGAUAUACUAGAAAAAUGUAUGAAUAAUUUAAGGCAAUAACAAUUUGUAAUAUUAUAUUAAUUAUGCAUUAUCAAAAAACACUAACCUAUACAAAUGUUUAUUAAAACAUAUAUUACAACCUAAUAAACAUGUUUGAAUCCAUUUUACAUAAAAAUGUA